AUGGCGGAGACUACCACUCAGUGUCUUCCACAAGCAACUAACUACCGAACAAUCAUACCGCCCACGUCGGUUACCUCCCCCAUCAACAGCAUGGUAACUCGGCUUCGAAAUCAAUUAACUUUGUCCAUGGCAAGCCCCGUAAACCAAAAUGGAAGUUUUGAGUUUGAUCGUGUCCUCAAGUCAGGAUAUGCCCAAAAACGAACCCAGAAAACGAAGGUCUGGAAGACUGUCUAUCUUGUUCUACGUCCGAACGCGCUAUACAUGUAUAAAUCAGAGAAAGAAAGCAAACUUCGGCAAAAGUUAUACCUUUCAGACUUAUCGGCAGUGGUGCCUCUAAAAGAUCCUAAACAGAAGAGAGAUCAUCUUUUUGGACUCUUUUCUCCGGCCAGAAAUUAUCAUUUGGAGGCACCGACCGCCAAGGAUGCGCAAGAGUGGAUAGAUCUCAUAAGACGAGAGGCUAGGAUCGAAGAGGAAGAAGAGGAAAUGUUCUUAGCAAGUCCCAUCAUCCGCCGUCAAUCCUUCGCACCGGCAACAAUGUUGAAGAGUACAGACGGUACUCGUGAACCACCUAUGCCGGAGCACGAACGGUUUUUGUCAAGCUCACCGGAGUCCGCCGACCGGCCUACAUCGAAGUCAAUACGUUCUAUUGGGAGAUGUAUGUCCCAUAACGACUACUCCGGCCUAUCUGGAAACGAGGUAGCCUCACAAUCUGAUCUGUCUGAUGCGGAGGGCCAGAGGGGACAUGGGGCGUCAAUUGAGAGCUUUGCCGGACCGUCAGCCUCUGUUACCGGUACGCAGGUUGCCUCACGUCCCAAGCAAUCAGUCAUGGGGGACCAGAAUGCCAGCCAGAUCAGCGGAUUGAAUGUGGAACGAGACCCCGAUCGGGUGGUUUGGCAAGGUUGGCUUUGGUUCCUCAAGGGAAAGCGCGGCAUGAGGCAAUGGAAGAAUUAUUGGGCCGUACUCCGGCCGCGGAAUCUAAUUCUAUACAAAAACGAAUCAGAGUAUACGGCUUCUUUCAUCUUGGCACUAGCAUCCAUUGUUAAUGUGGUGGAUAUUGAUGCCAUCAGCAAGACGAAAGUGCACUGCAUGCAAAUCAUCACGGACGAGAAAAGCUACCGGUUCUGCGCCCAUGAUGAGGAGUCCCUGGUUCAUUGUCUAGGGGCAUUCAAGAGUCUCUUAGCCAAAAGGAAAGAGUUAGAGGCUCGCGGGUCCAUUUCCGGUCAGGUAGCUGCUACCACCUCAUAA